AUGCAUUCUCUUCCUAAAGCCCGUAUUGAAGACAACUCGCGAUGGAAGCCAGCUAUAGCAACAGUUAGUUUGGGAGCCGCGAAUUUACACCCCAUCAUCGCCAAACUCGAUGCUGUCGCCCUCAAUGGCCAACAAGGACUUGAACUUUUCCAUGAUGAUAUAGCGCAGCUCGCCAGGACCCUUCGCGCGCAUGCAACUGAUCUUGAACUCCGCACUGAUCGAGACUAUGAAAUAGACGCAGCGCACGCUAUCAGGGAUUUAUCUGCUGAGCGUGAUCUGCAGAUUGUAGCUCUCCAACCUUUCCGACACUACGAGGGUCUCCUUGAUCCAGAACGGCAUGCGGAACGCAUUGAUGAACUCAAGCAUUGGGUGCAAUUAUGCAAGAUCCUUGGUGACUCACUCUUCAUCCUGAUCCCAUCAUCUUUUCUCGAUGCCUCGGAGAUCACCUCCGACAGAGAGCGUCUCGCAGCCGACCUAGCCGAGGCCGCAGAUGUAGCAUUCCCCGUGCGCAUUGCAUACGAGGCCCUGGCAUGGGGGACAUACAUCAACACUUGGGAGGACUCAUGGGAUGUGAUCAAACGGGCCAAUCGACCCAAUCUCGGCAUCUGUCUCGAUACAUUCAACAUAGCAGCGCGAGUGUGGGCCGACCCCACCGCCGCAACAGGCCGACUUGGCCCAAGCGCAGACCGAGAUCUGCGGGAGUCGAUGGUCCGGCUUAUACAGGAGGUUGACCCGGACCGAGUGCUGAUGGUUCAACUUGCCGAUGGCGAGCGGGUUGAGCCACAAACGCCCUUUCUUCAAGCACCAGGCCUACCUACUCUACUAGCCUGGUCACGGAAUGCGCGUCUCUUUCCGUGUGAAGAGGAUCGGGGUGGAUACCUUCCGAUUCGCGAGGUGACGGAUGCUUGCAUCAACGGCUUGGGUUAUACCGGGUGGAUCAGUAUGGAGGUCUUCUCGAGAUCGACCUGGGAAGAUAACCCGGCCGUGCCGAUGGAGCAUGCCGCCCGCGCCAGUCGGUCCUGGCUGAAGGUCCUGCGAAUGUUGAAAGAGAAGCUGGAGAAGCGGUCCCUCUAG